CCGGCUCCCGGGGAGGCUGAGCGGACUCGGCAAGGGGCGGGGAUUGCGCAAAGGAAGAGCCAAUAGGAGUGGAGGCUCUCCGCCCCUCCGCCGUGAUGGACUGCCACGUUCGAACCAAUGGGGGAAUUCUCAUUUCGAAGAAAGCGGGACUUAUUCACCUACUUUGAGAAAUCGGCUGUGCGGAGGGGGCGAGCCAGGCCCCGCGGCGUGGAGUAGCUCCCACCCAGAGCAGGGAGAGCAGAAGGUGUCCUUUGACCUCCGCGAGGGAAGUCACGUGGGCUGACCGGGGGCGGGAAGGCUGGAUGAGUUCCUUCCGGGUCACAGCCGCGUCAACACGGCGGGUAAGAUCUUUGCUCUUCCCCGAAACUUGCCUGGACUGGCUUGUUGAGGUGGCUGUAGUUUCAGUGAUGAGUUCCCAGAAGGGCAACGUGUCUCGUUCCAGGCCUCAGAAGCACCAAAAUACGUUUAGCUUCAAAAAUGACAAGUUUGAUAAGAGUGUUCAGACCAAGAAAAUUAAUGCAAAACUUCAUGAUGGAGUAUGUCAGCGCUGUAAAGAAGUUCUUGAAUGGCGUGUAAAAUAUAGCAAAUACAAACCAUUAUCAAAACCAAAAAAAUGUGUUAAAUGUUUACAAAAGACGGUGAAGGAUGCUUACCACAUAAUGUGUAGACCAUGUGCCUAUGAACUUGAAGUUUGUGGAAAGUGUGGGAAAAAAGAAGACAUUGUUAUUCCGUUUAAUAAAGAAACAGAAAAGACAGAAAAUGCUGAAAAUAAUCAAAGUUCCAACAAUAAAAAAAGCUGCAGAAGAAAUGAAGAAAGUGAUGAUCACUUAGAUUUUGAUAAUGAUUCAGAUGAUAACAGUGAAAUGGAUUAAUACAAGUAUUCAAAGUCAAUUUGAGAUGGUCAAAUUUUGGUCAACUUUUGCUUUUGAGGGUUUUCACCAAAAAUACUGUGAAAGCCUAAUGAGGAAAUAGAAAAAGCUACAGUAUAAAUUGUAUAUAAUAUUUGAAUAAUUAUGAAACUUUCAUCCAGAUUUUUCUUACAAUAAAUUUUUAAUUUAUGCUAAAAUGCAUGUUGGGAUAUCAUAGUACAAUUCAUGGGAGUUAUUUAGAAUAAUAUACUACCUAAUACCAGACUAAACAAGCUUUAGAUUUAGAUAGUUCCAGACUAUCUCGUGUAUGAAUAAGAUGAUAGCUAGUCUUAAAAAUCAAUCCAUGGUAAGCACUUUUGAUAGCUUAAUUUCAAAUAAAUGGCCUAUUUAGCAAAA